UUUCAGCAGAGAGGAGUGGCAGCAUCUAGACCCUGCUCAAAGAAGUCUCUACCGGGAUGUGAUGCAGGAGACCUACAGCCGCCUGCGCUCAGUGGAAGAACUGCAGCAGAUUGGUGACCGGAAAAAGCCCUAUCAGCAAAUAGAACGUAAAUCAGCAAGCGAUAUGGUUUUCAUCAAGAAGACGCUGGAUGCAGCAAGUCGUUACGGAUACUCGGGCAUUAGAAAGAUAGUCCAUGUGAACUCAUACGUUGUCCUCUCCCCCAGGAGGCCCCAUCCCUGUGACCCACUUGCGAACGAGCCGAAGCAUAAUUUAGAUUUACAGAUUCAUAAUGAAAAUAAUGGGCUGAAGAGCAUUGAGAAGAUUACCGAAUAUGGUAAAAUUUCAUCCUAUACCAACAGCAAACAUAUCCUAACAGGGGAGAAAUUACAGGACCAUAAUCAAUGUGGGAAAGUCCUCAGUUACGAACAAGUACCUUGUCAGUAUCAGAAAAUUCACAUUGGGGAUAAAUCGUAUGAAUAUGCUGAAUUUGGAAAGGUUUUUACCCAGAAGUCACAGCUCAGAGUACAUGUGAAAUCUCCUACAGGAGAAAAACUCUACGUGUGCGUUGAAUGUGGGAAGGCAUGUUCUCAGAAGUCAGAGUUCCUCGCACAUCAAAAAACCCACACUAGAGAGAAGCCCUAUAAGUGCAGUGACUGUGGAAAGUCCUUUUUCCAAGUGUCUUCUCUCUUCAGGCAUCAUAGGAUCCACACUGGGGAAAAGCUCUAUAAAUGUAGCAACUGUGGGAAAGGCUUCUCUUACAACUCAGACCUCAGGACACAUCAGAAGAUCCACACAGGAGAGAAAUGUCACGGCUGUGUCGACUGUGGCAAAGCCUUCACACAAAAGUCCACACUCAAGAUGCACCAGAAAAUCCACACAGGAGAAAGGGCCUAUGUCUGUAUUGAAUGUGGACAGGCUUUUAUCCAGAAGACACACUUGGUCGCACACCGAAGAAUUCACACUGGAGAAAAGCCAUUCGAGUGUGACAGCUGUGGCAAAUCCUUCACUUCCAAGUCCCAACUGCAGGUCCAUCAACGAAGUCACUGGAGAGUGAGGCCCUGUGUAUCUCCCGACCACGGGGAAGCCUUCAGCAGCAGUUCCAGCCUCCUUACACGUAAGAAAGUCCAAAUGAGAGAGAAAUCGUCCAUCUGCAGUGAGUGCGGGAAGGCCUUUACGUACAGGUCAGAGCUAAUUAUUCAUCAGAGAACUCACACCGGAGAGAAGCCUUAUCAGUGCGGGGACUGUGGCAAAGCCUUCACCCAGAAGUCAGCCCUCACGGUCCACCGAAGAAUCCACACAGGAGAGAAGUCGUAUGUGUGUGUGAAGUGUGGGCUGGCUUUUGUCCAGAAGGCACACUUGGUUGCACACCAGGUAAUUCACACUGGAGAGAAACCUUACAAAUGUGGUCACUGUGGGAAACUCUUUACUUCCAAGUCGCAACUCCACGUACACAAGCGGGUCCAUACAGGGGAAAAGCCGUACGUGUGCGGGAAGUGUGGGAAGGCCUUUGCCAACAGGUCAAAUCUCAUCACACACCAGAAAACUCAUACAGGGGAGAAAUCCUAUGUCUGUUCAAGGUGUGGAAAAGCCUUCACUCAGAGGUCAGACCUGGUUACACACCAGAGAAUACAUACUGGAGAGAAGCCAUAUGCAUGUAGUACCUGUGGGAAAGCCUUCACGCAGAAAUCACACCUCAACAUACACCAGAAGAUUCACACCGGAGAGAGACAGUACAAAUGCCAUGACUGUGGGAAAGCCUUCAACCAGAAAUCGAUACUCAUUGUGCACCAAAAAAUCCACACGGGGGAGAAACCCUACGUGUGUGGCGAGUGCGGGAGAGCUUUCAUCCGGAAGUCCAACUUCAUCAUCCAUCAACGAAUCCAUACCGGCGAGAAACCUUACGGAUGCAGUGACUGUGGGAAGUCCUUUACCUCCAAGUCGCAGCUCCUGGUGCACCGGCCAAUCCACACGGGCGAGAAACCUUACGUGUGUGCCGAGUGUGGGAAAGCCUUUAGUGGCAGGUCAAAUCUCAGUAAGCACCAGAAAACUCACACCGGGGAGAAGCCAUACGUGUGUUCUGAGUGCGGGAAGUCCUUCAGGCAGAAGUCAGAGUUGAUUACGCACCACAGAAUCCACACUGGGGAAAAGCCCUACGAUUGCAGUGACUGCGGGAAAUCCUUCACUAAGAAAUCCCAGCUCCAAGUGCAUCAGCGAAUUCAUACCGGAGAGAAGCCGUACAGGUGUGCUGAGUGCGGGAAGGCCUUCACCGAUAGGUCCAAUUUGAAUAAACACCAAACAACACACACUGGAGAGAAACCGUAUAAGUGUGUCAUCUGUGGGAAAGGCUUUGUCCAGAAGUCAGUGCUCAGCAUGCAUCAGAGUGUUCACACCUAAGCAGUAUGGGUGAGAACUCACCGAGCUCAGCAUGCAUCAGAGUGUUCACACCUAAGCAGAAUGAGUGAGAACUCACCGAGGACAUGCCUUACUGUAAUUACUGUCUCUAUGGAACAGAAUAGUCCGUGUAAGUAUUGUAAGUAAAAAGUGCCACAUGACAGUGCCACACAUCACUGCUCAGAAAAGGAUCUCAGAGAAGGCACUGAAUGGAUGACGGGGAAGGACAUUUCUACUUGCCGAGAAGAAAUUGCAUCUUUCUGACACACUAGAAGAAGCUUUCUCAUGGAAAAAAAACCACAGUGGAACACUUAUCAAAUUCUUCUCAAGAAAGAUUGUGUCAACUCAUGUUGAUGCAAAAACCCUGUUGGUGGAAUAUGUGUCCUGCCAACUAAUUAAAUGGUAAUACAAUGUACAUGACAAAGAUCGCCUUCUCUUCUGUCAGCCAUUUGCUGCAAGCAUUGAGAGACCUGUGGGUGUGUUUGCAUUCUUGGUUGGAUCUAACAUAUGUAGCAUAUCCGGUCCUUCUGUUGAGAAAGAUACACUACAGGCCUAGGUAUGGCAUUUCAUGCCAGCAAUUCCAGCCUUCAGGAAGAGCUGAGGCAGGAGGGUCACCAUGAGUUCAAAGCUAGUCUGAGCUACAGGGUAAGACACUGUCUCAGAAACAGUGUCACAAAUAUCGUGACACAAACUCGAGAGUGUACACAGACUUCCCAUUGUCAUUUACACCAGGAUCUGUAACGGACUUUAUAAGCUGCCAGUACUUUCUUUGUCAAAAAACAACCAACACGUUGUCUCCUACCUCAAGUAACAUGUCUUUGGAAUUUCCCUUACCCUCAGAAAGGCUUGAAGUAAAAAUGCUGAGAUCACCUGGGUCAAAUUAA